AUGCGAGAUAAAACAUUGAAAAUAGUGGUCCCUGCCGUCGAGCCGCCGUAUGUCAACUACGUGAACUUUAGCGACGCGGCUGUCACAGAAAAAGGAUACGGGCCGGGAGUUGUCAUUGAGAUACUUAAAGAGAUUGGAAAACGCCUCAACUUGACCUACGAAAUUAUUCCGGCGUCUGGUAGCACAUGGGGAGAGUACCUAAACGGAUCAUGGACGGGAGCAUUUGGUCAACUUGUCAGAGGGGAAGUCGAUUUGCUUGCGGGAGGAGCUAUUAUGGAAUAUGAUCGAAGUGUUAUAUCGGACCUAACUUAUCCAUUUCAAUUUGAGCCAACUGGAAUUAUGAUAAGAUCACCCGAGAAAUAUGAAGAUGAUACACUGCUUAUUGUCACUGAACCGUUUUCAUGGGAAGUUUGGGUGAUCACAGCGGCUGUCAUUCUCAUCUCAGGAGUAAUAUUUCUGGGAAUGACAAAUAUUAUGGGAAGGGUUUACAAGGAAAUGUCAGUGACUCCGUUUGAAUCAAUAUGGGUGUUCUUCUCAAUUUUCGUACAACAAGGGCUACCGGAACAACCGAGAAGCUGGAGCUGUCGAGUUCUCGUGGCAUUGUGGUGGCUGGCUAGUAUUACACUCAGUGCCACGUUUACGGGUAGUCUGGUGGCGCUAUUCGCCGUCGACAAAACUAAUUUGCCAUUUCAAAGUGAGCUCGUACGGGGUGAUAUUGACCAACUCGUGAGAUUGAUUAAACAAGGAAGAUUUGAAAUUGUGAUGGAUGAGAAUUCAUUUACGAGAACUGAAAUGAUUGCUCGCUCAAAACUUCCUGUUUAUCGCGAUCUGUGGCACGAGAUGAUUUUAAAUCACAAAGUUAAAUAUGUGAAUGGAGUGUCAAGAGGCGUCGCCUUUGUGCGAGCGAAUCCUGGUUAUGCACUGCUCGGACCAAUGGCUACACUCAACUUCUACGCGUAUUCCGAUUGUAAAGUGAUACUUUUGAAUGAUGGCAUCCUUCCAGUUUAUUUAUCAAUUCCAAUGCAAAAGCACUCAAUUUAUUCGUCAUAUUUUUCAACAAAAAUUCGAGAGAUGGUUGAACGAGGAUUCACACAAAAAUGGAUAGCUGAUUAUAGGUCUUAUGUGGCUAUGCAGAAAAUCAAUGAAUGCAAUUCCACAACUACCGGCCCCAAAAGUUACUUAGACUUGAAAAGAGCACAAGGAGCGUUUUGGGUGUUUUUAGGAGGAGCGAGUCUUGGCACGGUUUUGUUUAUUGGAGAGUUUGUUUUCAAAUUUUUGAAAGGAAAAAUGAAUAAAGGAGCCGAUACCAAACCGUUUGAAGAAAUCACCACCGUUUCUCCGAAUUCUGUUCAGAAUGUGGCCAGUAUUGACAAUCCAUAUGUUAUUCAACUUUUGGACCCCCAUCCGAUCAACGAUCCCAUCGAAAAUUGGAGUUUACGCCGUCGCAAUAUUUUGAAUCUGUCUCUCGAUUUGUCAAGAAUCGCUAACUAA